AUGGCAUUGUAUAGAAACCGAAUCCUCAAAACAACUCAUCACAUAACUCUUCUCAAACUAUCCAAUCAAAACUUCAUCAAUUCAACUAUUUAUACGAACGGUCAUGACCUUAAUUUGAUUCAGACAAAGCCCAUUUGCACCAAUGCGAAUCGAAGCACCGUUGAAAUCCUGAUUUCCGUUUUUACAAAGCGACCAUUUUCUUUAGAAUCCCCAGAGCUUCAAGAGUUAAGCUCAUAUCUGACUCCUGAAAUAGUGGAAACUGUUUUGAAGUCCUUCAAGAAUUGGAGAGUAGCGCAUAUGUUCUUCAACUGGGCGUCCAAUCAAAAGGGGUACGCGCAUAGUUGCUAUACUUAUAACGCCAUGGCAUCAAUCCUAUCAAAUGCUCGACAAAAUGCCCCAUUGAGAGCUCUUGCUCUAAAUUUAUCGAAUUUACAGUUUUUCUGGACACCUGGAGCUUUGGGUUAUUUUAUAAGGUGUUUAGGAAGUCAAGGCCUGGUUAAAGAGGCUAUUGAUCUAUUUGAUCAAGUGAAGAGCUCAAGAGUUUGUGUUCCAAAUAGUUACAGCUAUAACUGUUUGUUGGAGGCAAUUUCGAGGAGUGGAGAUGUAGGUUUGAUUGAGAUUAGGUUUAAUGAAAUGAGGGAUCUUGGUUGGCAGAUUGAUAAGCAUACUUUGACACCGUUGUUGCAGUGUUAUUGCAACAGUAGGGAGUUUGAAAAGGCCUUGGGUGUUUUUGAUGAGAUGAGGGACAAGGGAUGGGUUGAUGCACAUGUAUUGACUACUUUACUGGUGUCUUUUAGCAAGUUGGGGGAGGUGGAUAGGGCUUUUGAGUUGAUCGCACGGAUGGAAAAGGAACUAAAUAUUAGUUUGAACGAGAAGACAUUUUAUGUACUGAUUCAUGGGUUUGUAAAGGAGUCCAGAGUGGAUAAGGCCUUGCAUCUAUUGGAUAAAAUGAGAAGAACGGGAUACGUUCCAGACAUUUCAAUCUAUGAUGUGCUAAUUGGAUGUUUGUGCAAGAAUAAGGAGAUUGACAAGGCCUUGAUGUUGUGCAACCAAAUGAGGGAACUAGGUAUGACUCCUGAUGUUAAAAUAAUGUCAAUGCUUUUAUCAUGUUUACAAGAUGAGAGAGACAUGAUUUGGUUGCUUGAAGAAAAGCAGGCAGAUUUGGAUUUGGAGAAAAGGAUGUUACUUUAUAAUUCUGUUUUGGCUGGUUUUGUUAAUAAUGGUUCAGUUAAUAGAGCUUAUCAUUUGCUAAAGGUGACGAUUGGCAAUGGAACGAAUGGAGAUUUUGAGGCAGAAAAUAUCCUUUUGGUUAAGGAAAAUGUUUGCCCUGAUACCACUUCUUUCCAAAUAGUCAUUGAUGGUCUGUGCAAAAGUGAUAAGUUAGACCUGGCCCUUGGCCUAUUCUUUGAGAUGGAUCAAAUUGGCUGUAAACGUAGCGUGUUACUUUUUAAUAAUUUAAUCAAUUGUUUGAGCAUUGCUGAUAGGUUGAAUGAAUGUUUUGAUCUUCUGAAUAAGAUGAAGGAAUCAGGAUUCCAGCCAACGCAUUUUACCUUCAAUUCCAUAUUUGGGUGCUUAUGUAGACGAGGGGAUGUUGCAGGAGCUCUUGAUAUGGUUAGGGAAAUGCGUGUGCAUGGGCAUAAACCCUGGAUAAAAUAUUAUACCCUGCUUGUCAAGAAACUUUGUGAACAAGGGAGGGCAGAUGAUGCCCGUAAUUUCCUAGUUAACAUGACUCAGGUAGGAUUCCUCCCUGAUAUGGUUGCCUAUUCUGCAAAUAUUUAUGGUUUUCUCAAGACCAAGGAACUGGAUCAAGCUUUGGAGAUAUUCAGAGAAAUAUGUAGACGUGGUUAUUGUCCUGAUGUAGUUGCAUAUAACAUGAUAAUAAAUGGGCUGUGCAAAGCCAAAAGGAUACUGGAAGCUGAGGAUGCUAUAAAUGAGAUGUUCAGUAAGGGACUAGUUCCAUCAGUUGUUACUUACAACUUUUUAAUUGAUGGGUGGUGCAAAAAUGGUGACAUUGAUAGAGCUCUCCUAUGUUUUUCGAGGAUGGUAGAGGAAGAACUGGAACCAAAUAUCAUAACAUAUACAACUUUGGUAGAUGGGUUGUGCAAUUCUCAAAAAGCAGAUCAUGCACUCAAGCUUUGGACUGAAAUGGAGCACAAAGGAUGUGCUCCAAAUAGAAUUGCUUAUAUGGCUCUCAUUCACGGGCUUUGCAAGUGUGGGAAAUCAGAUGAUGCUCUUCUCUAUUUGCAAAAGAUGGAAGACAAGGAGAUGACACCUGAUCCUUUUGUGUAUGAAGCUUUAGUAGAUGCUCUUAUGUCCAAUUCGAACACAAUUAUGGCUCAAGAAGUAGCAGAAAAGAUGGCCAAGCUUACAAAUACUAUCUGA